UGUGUGUGUGUGUGUGUGUGUGUGUGUGUGUGUGUGUGUGUGUGUGUGUGUUGUGAAGAGUUGUUGAGGGUUGUGGUUUUGGCUGGGGAAGCUGAGAGUAGAGUGCGGAUAAGCUGUGGGGUAAUGUUGUCUUUCUUAAAAGCAGUGUGUGUGUGUGAGUGUGUGUGUGUUUGUGUGAAGUUGUUAAAUUAGAGUAAUUAUUAGAGUAGUUAGUUACAGUAAUCAUGAUAGGAUUUAAGUGCACAUUGGAAGCUAAAUGCAUAUUAGUGCUGGUUUAGGUGUAGUGUAAAUAAGAGGAAAUUAAUAACAGACUGGGAAAUAUGACAGUUUAUGUAAGAUUGCAUGAUAGGGGUUUGUUUUUAGUUGAAACUUUUCUCUCUGGGUUGCCUAACAUCCUAACAUCUUAUCAUCAGUGUAAAAUUUGCACACAAAAAAAUCCUUAUUUUUAUUUGCAUGACAGGUAUUAAUGAAUGUAAUGCACUCUGAGAGGGAAAAUAGUGAGUGUAGAUGAUGUAAAGCAGCAGAGUGAGUGUAGUGUGUAUUUAUUCCUGGCAGUGCUCGUGCGUAAAGCGCCAUGGCGGACUCGGUGAAGACGUUCCAGGCGCAUCUGACCGCCGUGAUGGACAGCCUGGUGCGCGCGUCCGUGUGCGAGAUCACCAAGCUGUUCGAGGACACGGUGAACGACUACCUGGUGGAGAUCUCGCUCAACCGGAAGGAGAACGAGGCUCUGAAACUGCGCCUGAGACUCACCGAGAACAAGCUGAGGAACGAGCGGAAGUACGGGCUCGCCUGGGCGGCCAGUCGGCGCGCAGCCGGCCUGCUCGGUCCUGAUGAGACCGGCGCGGCGAAAAAGCGCAAGCUGGAACCUAGAGGCAAGCAGGCUAAGGAGUGGAGCGGUGGCGCGUGGGAGGAGGGGGUUGGAGGAGCGAGGGACGAGAGGAGGGACGAGAGGAGGGACGAGAGGAGGGACGAGAGGAGGGAUGAGAGGAGGGACGAGAGGAGGGACGUGUGCCGCACUCAUCCACCAACCGCAGUGGAAGGAGAGGAGCAGGAGGAGGAGAGGAGACGCGUCUCCGGGGAGAGAAAGGAGGUGGCCACUGUUAAGGAGGAGGAGGACGUCUACAGGUGCGAGUCAGUGAGGCUGCUGCAGGAGGCGCUUCAGAUGAGCCAGACUGAAAGCAACACAGCACACGAUUUGGAUCCUGUCUCUACUGGUCCUGGAUCGGCAGUGGGUGAAGUGUGGGAGCAGCCCAAUCUCUCAGCCGGACCUACAAACAGCAGCGAUGAUCUCAGCGGGCUAGAGACUGCCUUAAAGGUGGAGUGUGAGAGGGAGGAGGCGGGAUCUGCACUGACCAGCCCGUCCCACGCUGCAGACAGAGCCGAAGGUGUAGAAUUCAUCGGCCUGGACGGAUUGUGCAGCUCUCAACAGGACCCUGCUUCCUCUACACAUGAAGCCAACCCUGCUGAGUUAGGCGCCGAGAGCCAGGGAGACGACGAGGGGGAGGAGUCAGGUCGAGAGGGAGAGGACUUACUGCAUUUCUGUCCUCAGUGCGGCGGCGGCUUUAACUCUGCAUCCGACCUGGCUGAACACGUCUGCCCGUUGGCCGAGGAACGUUUCCAGUGUUCAGCGUGCGGCCGGGCCUUCAGUCACGCCUGGAGCCUGAAGAGCCACGAGUGCGUACAGGCGGGUGAGCAGCCUCACCGCUGUGAACUCUGCGGGAAACGCUUCACACACUCUCGCUCCCUUGAGCGCCACCAGCUGGUACACACAGGCGAGCGUCCACACCGGUGCCCGCAAUGCGGCCGCAGUUUCAGCCGCCUGGGUAACCUAGAGCGGCACCAGCGCAUCCACACUGGCGAGCGGCCGUACGAGUGCGGAGCGUGCGGCAAACGCUUCAGUCGCAUCGAGUACCUCAAACGGCACCAGCAGAUCCACAGCGGAGAGAGGGGAGAGAGGAACCAGACACUCAGUGACACAGAGCUGAAACGCAAUCAGUGCUUCUCCAGCGCCUGAUAAACUGCUUAACACUUGACCUAAUUCUCCAUCCAGCUUUAAAGACCAAUGAUCCGUACGCCUGAAUGUCCUCAGAUCCUCGAAGCUGAUUAUUUUCACACACAUGAAGCAUAUCUCAUAGGGCUGCAUAUCAUUUGUAUAUCAUUUAUUGAUUAUUAUUACAGGAUUAACUUUUGCAAUACUGAUAUUGGAGAAGCCUACAUAAUGAAAAUGAGCAAAAACCCCGUUUUUUUAUUUAAUCUGUGAGCCUUCUGGCCAUCUCAGAGCUUCCAGAUAACAUGGAAUCUGUGGGUGUGUUUUGGGAAAACCUGGCGUUGGUGCGAUCCUUACACUAAUCCUUAUUUGCUGAUUUGGUGCGUCAGUAUUUGAAUUUGAAUUAAUGCAGAUCUUUAAAUGUCACACAUCACAGGCUCACCAAUUACUUUUUUUUAACAUAAUAUAUAUUUCAUAGUCAUAUCACAGUCGACACAUGUAGAAAUAUAAUCAUAAUUUACUCUUUUUGUCCAUAUUGUACAGCCCUAAUAUGCCAUCAUUUCCUGAAUCUAAACAUCCUAACAACAGCAAGUUACUAUAUUAAAGAAGACCACACUCAUUUCACAAACAUGUCAGUGAAAGUACAUGUGUAUAAAGUUAUCUUGAUCCUAAAAAAGCACAAACAAACAAGCACACCAGGUCUUGUGCAUUACACUCUGUGUGAGUCAUACAGUUAGGUGUCUUGUACAUCUUCCGCAGCUAGAGCUAGAGUAGCUAAAGUCUACAUUUCAUCUGUCAGAAAUAAUCAAGAUUACAACUUAAUCACUGAUCAUAUCCCAGUUAUAGUUUGACACCUCACAUUAAGCCUUGUUUGGGGAUUAGUGUCCCUGGGUGAAUUCUGGAAUAAUCAUUUUAUACAUCACCUCCAUGAUAAAACUCUGUUCCUAGUAAACAAAGCUCAGGAACAAGUUUCCAUGUUUUUUUUUUCUACAAAACUGGAUGUUUGCAUCACAUAUGAUCAUAUGUGUUUUUUUUUUUUUAUACAUUAGAUGUUUGAAUAUAGAGAAUAUUAUUGGAUCAUUUGCAAUUAUAUUUAUAUCACAGCAUCUAACAUUAGAUGAUUAAUACAAAUGCUGAUUAAUUUAUUUCCAGAAAACUAAAGGAUAUACGAUGUUGUGAUAUGUUUAUAUAAAGUGGCUUUAUAAAUGAGUGCAAAAGCCCUUUUAAUCAGCCUGCGAGAACAGAUGCACUUUUCUGAUUUCAUCAUUGCGUACACAUGCUAGGUGACUAAAUACAGUGAGUAACAGCAGAAAAACUUGUAUGUCACAGAGGUGUCGUGUCUGGAUGGGACUACAUUAUUAAACCACCCUGGACUGAUAAAAAAAAAAAAAAACAGUAGUAAUUACAAUAAUAAUGGUAAUCUGGUAUCCAAUAUUCUCACUGACGUGGGUGAUCCAGACUGAAAUAAAACCCUAAAAUUAAAAAAAAAAAAAAAAAAAAAAAAGCAUACAAAUCCAAAACAGAGUGAGGGUCUGACUGGUGCUUCUGUCAUUACACUGACAUAGAGCUACCUGCAUACAUCUGAGUUCCAUAUUAAUCCCUAAACAGCAUUAACAGGAUAAUUAGAAGUAUACAAAAGCAGAUUUUUCCAAUAUAUUUCUAUUUUGAGCCAAACCGUGACCCGUGAAGUGAUUCUCACACAGAAAUGUGUCAGGUUUCCAAAGUGUUGGUCUCUUAAAUUGCUUUUAUCAUUAUAUAGACACCGGAGCCCUGAAUUUAUCCUUAUUGCAGAUAAUACUCACUUCUGUCACUUAAUAGCUACAAAAGAAAGUGUUUGCUGUGAGGUCUCUAGUCAUCACAUCUUCAGAGGAUGUAUUCAAUUUAGAUUGUUAGAUUGAAUUUGAAAAUGUUAAAUCAGACCUGAUAUUGAUCUAAGGCCACUAUCUAUCUGAUACUGAUCCUCAAUAGAGGAUCUGUGAAGCCCUAAAACAUAUCCUUAGUUUAUCUGUCAUGGCUCAUGCUCAUAAAAUCUCAUAUCAUGUCCACAUUAUUAUUAUUUUUUAUUUUUGACAAACACUGAUGUGGUUUGUGAACUAUUAGUGAAUGUAUUUCUUCUUUUUUUAUAUGUGUAUCUAAAAUAAAUGAGGAAUUACAGAAUA